CGCCCGCGAGUGGGGGGGCGAGGAGGUGGAGGAGGAGUAGGAGGAGGAGGAGGCGGCGAGAAGAUGGCGACUUCGAACAAUCCGCGGAAAUUUAGCGAGAAGAUCGCACUGCACAACCAGAAGCAGGCGGAGGAGACGGCGGCCUUCGAGGAGGUCAUGAAGGACCUGAGCCUGACGCGAGCCGCGCGGCUUCAACUGCAGAAGUCGCAGUACCUCCAACUGGGCCCCAGCCGUGGUCAGUACUAUGGCGGGUCCCUGCCCAACGUGAACCAGAUUGGAAGUAGCAGCAUGGACCUCUCCUUCCAGACCCCAUUUCAGUCCUCAGGCCUGGACACCAGUCGGACCACACGACAUCAUGGGCUUGUGGACAGAGUAUAUCGUGAGCGUGGCAGACUUGGCUCCCCGCACCGCCGUCCCCUGUCGGUAGACAAGCAUGGGCGACAGGCCGACAGCUGCCCCUAUGGCACCGUGUACCUCUCGCCUCCUGCGGACACCAGCUGGAGGAGGACCAACUCUGACUCUGCCCUGCACCAGAGCACAAUGACACCCACCCAGGCAGAAUCCUUCACAGGCGGGCCCCAGGAUGCGCACCAGAAGAGAGUCUUACUGCUCACAGUCCCAGGAAUGGAGGAGACCGGAUCCGAGACAGACAAGACCCUUUCUAAGCAGUCAUGGGACUCAAAGAAGGCGGGUUCCAGGCCCAAGUCCUGCGAAGUCCCUGGAAUCAACAUCUUUCCAUCUGCAGACCAGGAGAACACAGCAGCCCUGAUCCCUGCUACCCACAACACAGGAGGCUCCCUUCCUGACCUCAGCACCAUCCACUUCCCCUCCCCACUGCCGACCCCACUGGACCCCGAGGAGCCUCCAUUCCCUGCUCUCACCAGCUCCGGCAGCACCGGCAGCCUGGCUCAUCUAGGCGUUGGCGGCGCAGGCCAGGGUAUGAACACCCCCAGCUCUUCUCCACAGCGCCGGCCAGCAGUCGUCAGCCCCCUGUCCCUGAGCACAGAGGCCAGGCGGCAGCAGGCCCAGCAGGUGCCACCCACCCUGUCUCCACUGUCACCCAUCACUCAGGCCGUGGCCAUGGAUGCCCUGUCGUUGGAGCAGCAGCUGCCCUACGCCUUCUUCACCCAGGCCAGCUCUCAGCAGCCUCCCCCGCAGCCCCAGCCACCGCCCCCACCUCCGCCUGUGUCUCAACAGCAGCCACCACCCCCACAAGUGUCUGUGGGGCUCCCUCAGGGUGGCCCACUGCUGCCCAGUGCCAGCCUGACUCGGGGGCCCCAGCUGCCACCACUCGCAGUCACUGUGCCAUCCAGUCUUCCCCAGUCACCUACAGAGAGCCCAGGCCAGCCACCAAUGGGGAUUGAUGUCACCUCGGCACCAGCUCUGCAGUACCGCACGGGUGCAGGGUCACCAGCCACCCAGUCCCCCACCUCGCCAGUCUCCAACCAAGGCUUCUCCCCCGGAAGCUCCCCACAGCACACGUCCACGCUGGGCAGCGUGUUUGGGGAUGCGUACUAUGAGCAGCAGAUGACAGCCAGGCAGGCCAAUGCUCUGUCCCGCCAGCUGGAGCAGUUUAACAUGAUGGAAAAUGCCAUCAGCUCCAGCAGCCUGUACAACCCAGGUUCCACACUCAACUACUCCCAGGCUGCCAUGAUGAGUCUGAGCGGGAGCCACGGAGGCCUUCAGGACCCACAGCAACUCGGCUACGCAGGCCAUGGCGGAAUCCCCAACAUCAUCCUCACGGUGACAGGAGAGUCACCCCCGAGCCUCUCUAAGGAACUGAGCAGCACACUGGCAGGGGUCAGUGAUGUCAGCUUUGAUUCGGACCACCAGUUUCCACUGGACGAGCUGAAAAUUGAUCCCCUGACCCUGGACGGACUUCAUAUGUUGAAUGACCCCGACAUGGUCCUCGCUGACCCAGCUACCGAGGACACCUUCCGAAUGGACCGCCUGUGAGUGGCUUUGGUCAGCCUGCCACCCGCUGCUGGUCAGUCUCCAACGGCGCUGCCCCAAACUGGGGAUGGCAGUGCCGCCCCCCUUUGCCAACGGCCAAGCUUGUGGUUCUGAGCUUGCAAUGCUGCCCGGCGCCCCCUGCCAGCCGCCACCCCGGUUAUUCACCUCCCAUGAUGCCUGGCGUGAGGCCGUUGUGUACUAGGCUGGCUCUCUGUCUGUCCGUCCAUCCACCUGGGGCCAGGCUGAUGGCCAAGGCUGUGAGCACCUGGCCCCAUGGACUUUCCCCAUGCUCACUCCCUCGUCCCUCACUGGGGAUGUGAGAGCCCUCCCUCAUCAGUGGUCCACUUCCAAGAUACCCAAAGUGUCCCUCCCAGAUGUGCUGUGCGAAGAGGGCUAGGGUGUGGGCACGGAGCGCCCCAGAGGCUGAGGUGCGCCGUCCAUUCGACUGUUCUCAGCUGUCACUGCCUUCCUUCCCCCCACCGCCGUCCCCAGUCCUGGUCAGGUCAUGCAUGCCCACUGUGCCCAGGGCAAAGACAGCAGAGUGAAGGGGCAGACCUGGACCAGAAUAAACACUGUUUGGAUGGCUGCCUUUUAUAUUCCUGAGCGCUCUUAGAGCGCAACAAUCGACCGGUGGCCAAAUGCGGCAUGGACAGAGCCCACUGAAGCAGCUGGUGCCCUCCUUGGCCACCCUUGCCCCCUGCUGGGCAACGGUCAGCAUGGUGGUGCAGAGAUAGAGGGUCACGGGCCACCUGCGCAUUCUCCUCGCUCUUCCCUGUCCCGUGACCAGUCCCCACUGCUCUUUAAGAUCUGGGGCUCGGGAAGCAGCGGCCCUGGUGGGUUCUGCUUUUCCUUCAGUUUCUGUUGGCGUUCGGUAGCUGACCCCCCAGACUUGCCUGGCAGCAUGUGUUACCCCCAGUCUCUCCCUGACCUCUUUAAAGCUAACUGGAACAGCAGCCUGAAGCACUUGCAAGCUGGGGGCUCACCCAGACCUGGGCUUACCGGCCCUUAGUCUCAACUCCAAAGAGCUGGGUGGGCAAAGACUAGGCUGGAUACAAGGUCCUGGUGGCUGGGCGUGUCUGUAAGAACCACAGGACAGAUUUCUAGGAACGGCCUUGGCUUUCACUGGGUCCUCCGGAGAUCCCUCUCCCUCUGAGUUUCCCUAAGGUGCCGGCCAGGCCUCAGCAGGUGGCUGGCGUCAGCUGGUGUCUCUGCACUAAGAUUCCCUAUGACAAUUGGGGGCUGCGGAUUUGGCUUGUCUUUUCUGGGCCACUUUUGGCUUGGAAGCUCAGAUCCCCACCACCCCAAGUUAUAGCUUGACAUGUCGUUUGCCUCUGCCCCACAGGCCCAGGCCUUGGCUUGAUCAUUUCUCUAUGAUGUUGCCCAUGCCCAUGCUGGGGGUUGGGGAGCACAAGAGCUGUGUGUAUCUUUCUCCAAGCAACUAGGUGGCUGCCUGCAUGAGAAAGCUGCUGCCCUCUCAUCACCGUCCCUUCCCCCCUGGACUUGGGGAUACAGCAUUGGUUUGUCCAGUUCACCUGUCCAGGUCUCAGGCCUUUCUAUCACCAUGGUGCGGGCUUGAAGGGAAUCCUAGGGUUGUUAUUGUUAUGAUUAUGAUUAUUAUUAUUAUUAAACAUGCAUGGUGGCACACCUGUUACCCCAGCACUGGAGAGCUGGAGGCAGGAGGAUUAAAAUAUCAAGGCCAGCCUGAGCUACAUGAGACCCUGCUUAAAAAAGCGAAAGAGAAAGUACACAUGAUGGGGUCUGAUUCUCUUUGAAUUGUAGAAGUCUGAACAAAUGGCCUUAACAAGGCAGAGAGGCUGAUGCAGUUCCCAGGCAAGGCUCUGCUUCCAGGUCACUGGCCUUCCAAGUUCUCAGUGAGCCCGGGCAGGACAGACAUGGCCCCAUGGCCCUCCUAUGCUGGUGGCCCAGCUUUCAAUGCCCUACAGCCGAGAGUGCAUGGAACUUUGUUAAUGUGACAGUUCAUUGCCAAGUUCUGGGAUGAGGUGAUAUGCCCCUGCCUCAGUACCCCAGGCAGCUGUGGGCAUCUCACGACCCAGCCAGGGGCCAGCACUGGAGUGCACGCAUGGUCCAGAGGGUUCACCCUGCCCUCCCCGGGGCCUGGCUGCCGUUGGGGACUCCUGGGAGGUGUCUGUUUUCUAGACGUAGGUUACCUGUCCGAUAAUACCCCUGUAUUGCCAAGACAUCCCAAGAUGACAGCUCAAGGCCGUGGGGACCUCAGCUGGUGACACACAUAUACUGUGAGCCAUUGAACUGCUGGGAGCAGCCACCCUUCAGCAUGUGCAUAGACCCUCUGCCCACAUCUGUGCUCUCAGGACAGACUGACACCCGCCCUUGAGGUCAGGUGCAUGAGCCAGGCCUGGCCUUUUCCCCCCUCAACCUUAGCCAUGUGUCACCAGCUUCAGCCAAGCCUCUCGGCCAUGUGGGUGUCUAACCCACUUCCCUGAAUCAGAAAUCAGACUGGGGCAUCUUGAUAACACUAUGCCCAGCUGCCUCAGUUUACCUUAAACUUUUAAGGCCUCUGGGGCAGUAGUUAUCUACCCAAAGCCCCACAAAACAGCAAUGCAGCUGGACCCAGCCCCUUUCUGUGUCCUAAGAAAUGGUUUGUCCCCUCCACCCAAGGCCCUGUCAUGUCCCCUUUCUGCAACACUAUCCAAUGCUGUUCUGUGAAGUCCAUUGGUACUUAGCCUAGCCUUUAGCUCUUUGGAAGACUCUUAUACAGGGGAGCCCCCUAGCGGGACCCAUAUGCUACUACACAGCACCCAAGGAUGGCUGACAGCUGUCACACUGGGCCUGGUGUCAAGAGUCAACAGUCCUGACACUCCAGUCAGGACAAGAGCAGGCAAAAGGCGUGGAGGAGGCAGGAGGCGGCAACCCCGCACCAGUGUUGGCCGCUGUUCUUCUCACAGUGGGCCUAGAGUUGGUCCACUGCCUUCUGAGUUUCCUGUUUUUGCAGAGAUGAUUCAGCACAGGCUGAGAGGGCUGCUGGGAUCAGGGUCUUGAUGGAGCUGUGUGCGCAGGCAUGGGGUUGUAUAGUUGUGCCCUGGGCCUGGCUGUUAUCCCUCAAGAGCUGUCCAGCUGAGGACACUGUGGUGCAGUCUACCCCACGUGGUCUGACUCUAGUGUGAUGGUAACCUGGUCCUUUUUAAACCCCUUUCACCUUGGCUCCCGGGGGUGGGGGGAGGGGUCCUCUUCCUUCAGGGAUCUGGUGAGUGAUUUGGAGACCCUGAUCAUUCCUGUCUUAGGCAUGGCCCUCAGCGUGGCACAGCUGCCUGCCACCCACUGGUCAUAGCCACAUCUCCUUGUCAGGGCAGAAGAUGGAGGGACUUGUAUCCUCUCGAGCCUGGGUGCUGGGGUACUCCCAAGACCAUGGGGUGCCCUGAACCUGUUUUCCUCUUUCUCAACCCUGCUGGGCUCAGGGGCCCAACCUCCUGGGCAGGGUGGGGGCAGCAGCAGGGCCCCAUGAUGGUACCAGCUACCCUUUCUGCACUCAGCCUUUCCUUGGGGCCAGGGAUCCAUCACACGGGGCAAAGUCUUGCCCCAUCUCUUGGGGCUCUAGAAUUUCAGGGUGACCCAGGCCUGGCCUAAUCCAACCCAGCAGUUCUGAUUACAGAGGGACAUGAGAACAGGGCUGUGGCUUUAAAUCCAGAGGCCAGGCUCUGUUUCUCAGGCCCCAUCUCAGCCCUUAGUUGGAAACAGGUCGCCAUGGGCUGGGAAGCCCCUUUGAUAUAUGCAAAUGGCUGGUCCCACAUUCCCCUCCCCGUGCCCAGGCUGGCUCUGCCCCCAGCAUGCGCACUCCGCUGCUGCGGAUGUCUGUGGACCGUGCGCGUGGGCACCGCAGUUGGGGGUCAGGUUGCUCAGGGCACGCACGGCCGCCCGCCCCACCUUCUGGCGCAGACGCUUCUUUGUAUUUUUGCGCCCUUUGUAAUGAAAUGUAAUAAAAACCCAAUGUUUUCGUCUGG